AUGUCCGACCUUCUUAACAAGCUCGAGAACCAGUUCGGCGGUAACAAGAACCAAGGCCAGGGUGGCCAAGGUGGCCAGGGCGGCUACGGCGGCAACCAGGGCAGCCAGGGAGGUUACGGCGGUAACCAGGACGACUCGUUUGGCAGCAGUGACCGCCAGACCAGCGGUGGUGGUUACGGCAGUGGUAACCAGAGCGGCGGUGGUGGAUACGGCGGCAACCAGAGCAGCGGCGGUGGCUUCGGCGAUGACAACAACAACCAGCGCAGCACCGGCGGUGGCUUUGGAAGCAGUGACCGCCAGACCGGCAGCGGUGGUGGUUACGGCCAGGAUGACUCCUUCGGCAGCAGCGGAAACCAGGGCCAGGGAGGCUUCGACAGUGGUAACCAGCGCAGCGGUGGUGGUGGCGGCUUUGGUGGCGGCCGUGACGAUGACUCUUACGGCAGCGGCAACCAGCAGAGCGGCGGCCAGGGUGGCUACGGCGGCCAGCAGAGUGGUGGCCAGGGUGGUUACGGUGGCCAGCAGAGUGGUGGCCAGGGUGGAUACGGUGGUGGCAACAACCAGGACAACUACUAA